ACAAGCGGCUUCAAUCUGCUAGCGACUGUCAAAAGGAUUAACCACUACAUCGAGCAGGAAAAUUGACAGUGUAAUUCAAACUCUGCUAAUAUGUCGCAUAUCGCUGCAAUAAACGGAAGCGAUCACUUUCUAACUUUUCAAAGGAUUCUUGAAAAGCGUUCAAGUGGUCUGACUGCGGUAGAAGCUGGGUUCUUCGUGACCAUCAACUUCACGGCGCUGUUCGGUAACUUCCUACUAUGCACAGUUCUGGUAAAGGAUUCGUCUUUUCGAAGCAUUACAAACAUAUUGAUUUUGACCCUUUGCGUGGCUGAUAUUUUGAUGGGGGCAAUCUGUAUGCCUCUCUCGUGUGGGGUUCUUAUACAAGGAAGAUGGAUCUACGGUGAUAUUGCAUGUCAGCUUCAAUGCUUUUUCAUCUAUUUUCUAGCGUUCGUUUCCCUUCAGACCAUCGUGUUAACAUCACUUAACAGAUUUUUCAAAGUCGUCAAGCCGCGGAGGUACCGGCGCAUUUUCACGAUGAAAAAGACACUUGCCACAUUGAUUAUACUUUGGUUCGUAACCGCACUUAUACUAGCAAUUCCUCUGGCAACUGGAUCCUUUAGCGCCACUUUUAACCCAGCCAAAGCUGCUUGUGUGAUUUUUAAAGGAGGCGUCGAGGUAGAGCAGAAUAGCUAUCCAGGCAUUCUAAGAGGGUUGCUGCUGCUGUUCUUCGCUGUAAUUCCUUCAAUUGUCAUAUUUACUUGUUAUUAUAAGAUAUUUCGGGUUGUUGGGGAACAUUUUACGCGAGUCGCGCCAAAUCUUAAUAGAAUGAACAGAAGACGAAAUUCGCGUUUAACUUCUCAAGAAAUGCGGACAACAAUUACUCUGUUUGCCGUGGUCGUAAUGUUCUUCUUAAGCUGGCUUCCUGUGUUUGUAAUUGAGAUUACUCAAGCGUUUUUCAUCAAUUGGUGGAGAAUUCCCCGUGAAGUUCAACUCAUGUGGACUUUUUUUGGCAGUUUUAGUAGUGCCGCCAACCCUUUGGUAUAUGGCUUUGCAAAUUCAUCUUAUCGACGUGAAUAUAAAAAGUUGUUAACACUUAAAUGGAAAAAAAAAUCCAAAGGAAGAAGGGACAUUGAAUUGAGCCGAAGUAUAUCAGUCGCGAUGGCAACUUUAAAUCUUCCGUCAUGAAUUCUUGUUCCUUAAUCGUGAAUGAGGUAUUAAAUUCAAUUUUAAAAAUGUGCCAAUGCUAAUGUACUGUUGUAUACACAGAUAUUAUCAACAAACUUAAAAGUAAACAUUCAGU